AACAAGACAUCACCUUCGCUUCCCGACCACAGUUGGUUGCAGCGCAGGUCAUUGUCUAUGGCGCCACCGACAUAGGCUGGACGCCCUACGGCCCCUACUGGAAGCAGCUGCGCCGGAUCUGCUUCAUGGAGCUGCUCGGCACCAAGCGCAUCCGAUCCUUUACCUCCAUCAGGACGGAGGAGACCCUCGACCUGAUGAGAGACAUCUCGAGAUCAGAAACAGAACACAUCGACCUGAGCGAGAAGCUGUUCGGUCUCGCCAACGCCAUCGUCUGCCGAGCGGCGUUUGGCAAACGAUGGGAUCGCCGAGAGAGGUUCGUCACGAUCAUCAAGGAGACGUUCGACCUGCUCGGUGGCUUGUGCUUGGCCGACACGUUUCCGUCGCUCAACUUUCUCGACAUCCUCACGGGUUCCAUGUCGAAGAUGCAGCGCGUACGCCGACAAAUGGAUGACAUCCUGGGCGAGGUAAUCAAAGAGCACGAGGUUAAGGCCGCCACGAGCAACAGUGAGCGUGUCGACGAGGUGGACUUGGUCGACGUGCUGCUGAGGCUCAAAGACGAUCCCAAACUGGAAAUUCCCAUGACGACGGACAACGUAAAGGCCGUGAUCUUGGACAUGUUCAUUGCAGGCACAGAGACCUCAUCGACUGUCGUUGAAUGGGCCAUGUCGGAGCUUAUAAGGAACCCCUCGAUCAUGGAGAGAGCGCAGGAGGAAGUGAGGGAAGCCAUGAAAGGAAAGAACAGAGUCGAAGACAGUGACACAUCCGAGCUGAAGUACAUGAAGUUAAUAAUAAAGGAGACGAUGAGGCUUCACCCACCGGCCCCCUUGUUACAAAGACGAUGCAGGGAGACGUGCGAAGUCAUGGGUUACGAGAUAGAAGCCGGCACUUGUGUGUUCGUCAAUGCAUGGGCAAUCGGUAGAGAUCCACGGCACUGGGACGACGCCGAGACCUUCAAGCCGGAGAGGUUCCAAGGCAGUUCCAUAGGUUUCAAUGGAUUGGAUCUCGAGUGCUUGCCGUUCGGAGCUGGCCGAAGGAUAUGCCCGGGGAUCGGGUUCGGCCUCGCCGUUGUGGAACUCGCCUUGGCUAGUCUCCUCUUACACUUCGACUGGAAGCUGCCCGAUGGGAUGAAACCAGAGGAACUCGACAUGCGUGAGACCAGAGGACUAGUCGCAUCAAGGAAAACUGAGCUGAAGUUGAUGGCUACAACACGAAUUCCUCUACCCGCCACAAUCUGAGUCUUGCAGGAAUCAGAUGAAUACUACUUAAAAAUAAAUGUGUGCUCAAAUUAUAUGUGGACUGGUAUAGAUACGUACGGUGGCAUGCAUGAUCUGGCCGUAGUUUGUCUUUCCUUUUGUUGCUGUUCUAUGUAAUACAAUGUACGUUACAUGUGA